AUGGCAAGCGAGGACAAGCGUGUGUGCGAGGGCGCAGACUGCGACAAGGAGGCAGGCACGUUGCAGUGCCCGACAUGCCAGAAGCAGGGAAUGGCCAGCUUCUUCUGCAGCAACGACUGCUUCAAGCGCAACUGGAGUGAACACAAGAAGAUUCACAAGUCAACGAGUAACCCUCUCCGCACCAUAUUUGCUCCCAAAGUCAUUUCUGAACCUGACCCAGCAACCGGCACCCACAACCCCUUCCCUGCCUUCCAAUACACUGGCGAUCUCAGGCCCGUCUACCCUCUGUCACCAAAGCGCAAGGUGCCUGAACACAUCCCGCGCCCCGACUACGCCAAAGAUGGUAUCCCCCGUUCCGAGCAGGUCUUUGUUGGCCGCAACAAGAUUACCAUCCUGGACAAGGCCCAGCAAGAAGGCAUGCGCAAGGUCUGCAGGCUAGCACGUGAGGUUCUGGACAUUGCCGCUCGCGCUGCGAAGCCUGGCGUGACCACCGACUACAUCGACGAGGUCGUCCACAAUGCUUGUGUUGAAAGAGACUCAUACCCCUCUCCUCUGAACUACUGCCACUUCCCCAAGUCAGUCUGCACAUCAGUCAACGAAUCCAUCUGUCACGGUAUUCCCGAUCAGCGUGUCCUCAAGGACGGAGACAUCAUCAACAUCGAUGUUACCCUUUACCACGGCGGUUUCCACGGCGACAUCAACGAGACCUACUACGUUGGCGACAAGGCCUUGGCCGACCCUGACUCAGUCCGCGUUGUCGAGACCGCUCGCGAAUGUUUGGACGAGGCCAUCAAAAUCGCAAAGCCUAACACGCUUUUCAGAGAAUAUGGUCCUGUCAUCGCAAAGCACGCCGAGGACAGAGGAUGCAGCACCGUCAAGACUUACUGUGGUCACGGAAUCAACACCCUGUUCCACUGUGCUCCCAACGUCCCUCAUUACGCAAAGAACAAGGCCAUCGGUAUGGCCAAGCCUGGCAUGUGCUUUACCAUCGAGCCCAUGAUCUGUCUCGGAACCCACAAGGACAGAACAUGGCCCGAUAACUGGACCAGUGUCACCGUGGACGGCAAGCGCUCUGCUCAGUUCGAACACACUCUUCUGGUUACCGAGACUGGUGUUGAAGUCUUGACCGCUCGUCUGCCUGACUCACCCGGCGGCGCCGUCUCUUGGCCCGGUACAGCAAACGGUCUCCCUACUACAUCAUAGAAGCAGUCACAUGGGUAGGCUCCGUAUUGAAUGAGAAGCAUUAGCACGGUGUACAUUUGGGUAAAACAUGCAUAUUUUUGCAAAGACUUGGUCGGAAUUUGGAAGUGGACAUGCCAUGGGCUCUAUACGUCGUAAAGAUUAUAUCUCGAUGCCAAACUACUAUUUGAACUUGUCGGCGUGUAAUCACAACUCACGCAAUAUCUUCCUACACUGAUGCGUCGAACGAUUUUUGAAUAUCUGAUGUAAGACAGGUGGGGUGAUACAGUAGUGCUGAUGGGAUUCCGGAGGAUCGAUCGUAUCGAAGCGCUUCCAAGACCCACGGCGGCUCCUGCUACCCAUGUGCUUAGAAGAGUGAGGGGUCAUCAAUACAAGGGUGAGGGCAUCAUAGUAUUAUGCCGCCAGAUCUCGUGCUAUAAAAGAUAUCGCAGCAUGCCUCAGCUUCUAAAACUUGAGUUCCUAACUAAACCAAGUC